AGGAAUAAAUGCAAGAUGGCUCCUCAUAUAAAAACAGUCUUCUGGGUUGCCCUCAACGUGCGACAAAAUAACUCUUUACAUCUUGUCAGGUUAAAAUAUUUAUCCGCGGAGACUUCUGAAGGGUAACGCGAGCUCCAGAUUGAUGUGCGUGCGGCACGGGGCGAUAUUUUACCGGAGAAGAUACCGAAGUUCCAGGACGGAGAACUUUGGAGCCAUGAAUCCGUGUUGAAGUCGCUCUGUUCGGGCGGACGGCGGCAGUUGGAGGCCGGUCACAGAGCGGAGCCGCCUGGGCCUCGGCUAGCUGCUAACAAGCGCCUGACUUCAUGUAGCGUUGCUGUUAAUCUCCCGCUUUGGAAACGUUAAGAAGCGGAUAUAAGGAAGGGAGGAAGAGGAGGAGGAGGAGGAGGAGGAGGAGGAGGCAGUAUUAAUUUAAUAAUAAUUGGACCAUGGCUGUAUCAAGGCUUGAUCGAUUGUUUAUCCUGCUUGACACCGGAACAACACCAGUAACCAGGAAAGCGGCGGCCCAACAGCUUGGAGAAGUGGUCAAACUCCACCCACAUGAACUCAAUAGCCUCCUAUCAAAGGUCUUGACCUACCUACGGAGUCCCAACUGGGACACACGUAUAGCAGCAGGCCAAGCUGUAGAGGCCAUUGUGAAGAAUAUUCCUGAGUGGGACCCAACACCCAAACCUAAAAAAGAGUCUUGUGAAGACUUGUCUCCAGAGGACUCCCCUUGUGACCGCUUGACUUUCUAUCACUUUGACAUCUCCCGUCUGCUCAAACAUGGGGCCUCUCUGCUGGGGUCUGCUGGGGCAGAAUUUGAGCUGCAGGAGGACAAAACUGGUGAGAUGGACCCAAAGGAACGUCUGGCCCGCCAGAGAAAGCUUCUACAGAAGAAGUUGGGUCUGGACAUGGGUGCUGCCAUCGGCAUGGACACAGAGGAGCUGUUCAACGACGACGACCUAGACUAUACCUGCCAAACUAGUGCGCUUAGAGCACAUGGAAGCAAAGCCACAGCUGGAUCCAGCUCCCACAACCAUGUGCCCAUUCAGGCUGCUGAGUUGAUUGACUCAGAGUUUCGACCAGGCAUGAGCAACCGUCAGAGGAACAAGGCUAAGAGGAUGGCUAAGCUAGUGGCCAAACAAAGAUCCAGAGACGUGGAUCCAAAUGAAAAGAGUAAUGACAGUUUUGAAGGUGAACCUGAAGAGAAACGAAGGAAAACCACCAAUGUAGUUAUUGACCAACCGGCAACAGAGCAUAAAGUCUUAAUUGACAACGUUCCCGAUAACUCCAGUCUUUUAGAGGAGAUACAUGAGUGGCCUCUGGAGAGCUUCUGUGAAGAGCUCUGCAAUGAUCUCUUCAAUCCUUCAUGGGAGGUUCGUCAUGGUGCAGGCACCGGUCUUAGAGAAAUCCUCAAGUCCCAUGGUGCUGGGGGCGGGAAGCUGGUGGGCAGCACUGCAGAACAGAUGUUGCGGCAGCAUCAGGAGUGGAUAGAGGACUUGGUCAUCCGGCUGCUCUGUGUCUUCGCUCUCGACCGCUUUGGAGAUUUUGUAUCAGAUGAGGUGGUGGCUCCUGUCAGGGAGACGUGUGCCCAGACUCUCGGUGUGGCCCUUCGCCACAUGAAUGAAACUGGUGUUUCCAUGACAGUAGACGUCCUGCUGAAGCUGCUAACAGAAGACCAGUGGGAGGUCCGUCAUGGAGGCCUGCUCGGGAUCAAGUACGCCCUGGCUGUUCGACAGGAUCUGAUCUCUGUUUUACUGCCGCGGGUGCUCCCUGCUGUCACUGUGGGGCUACAGGACCUAGAUGAUGACGUCAGGGCAGUGGCAGCUUCAUCCCUCAUCCCUGUGGUUGACGGCUUGGUACAGCUACUGCCUAAUAAGGUACCAUUCAUCGUGAACACACUAUGGGAUGCUCUUUUGGACCUGGAUGACCUCACUGCUUCCACCAACAGCAUAAUGACAUUGUUGUCCUCGCUGCUCACCUACCCGCAGGUCCGACAGUGCAGCAUACAGCAGUCAUUAACAGUCCUGGUCCCUCGAGUUUGGCCGUUCUUGAGACAUACUAUAUCAUCAGUAAGACGGGCAGCGUUGGAAACCCUUUUCACGCUGCUGUCUAAAGCUGACCAGAGCUGUGCAUUGUGGAUCAACCCCAUACUACAAGAUAUGCUCCGGCACAUCUUCCAGUCCUGCAUACUGGAGAGCAAUGAGGAAAUCCUGGAACUGGUUCAAAAGGUGUGGAUGGAGCUGCUGUCUCAGGCCCCCCAGCAGUACGUGGUAGCAGCCAGCUGUCCAUGGAUGGGUGCCUGGCUCUGUCUCAUGAUGCAGGCCUCACACAUUCCCAUAGACCUGAACAUGCUGCUGGAAGUGAAGGCCCGCUGCAAGGAUAAGGCUGGCACAAAGGCACGCCUAGGGACCAAUCAGGUGAAGGAAACGGUCCAGGAGUAUAUAGCAGGUGCAGAGACGGUGACGGAUGACUCAGUCACAAGGGACUAUGUAGUGGUUCGAGCUCGCCUCAUGGCUGCCAAAUUGCUUGGGGCUCUGUGUCGGUGUAUCUGUGACCCUCAGCUCAAUGCUGCAUCUCAGGAGAUCCGACCAGCUGAGUCUUUAGGCCAGCUGUUGCUCUUUCACCUCAACUCCAAGUCUGCCCUGCAGCGCAUAGCAGUGUCUCUGGUGCUCUGCGAGUGGGCUGCACUGCAGAAGGAUUGUCAAGUGGUGUCAUCCAUGGUGCAGCCUCGUCUUCUGGCCAUUCUAUCAGAGCACUUGUACUAUGAUGAGAUUGCCAUCCCCUUCACACGCAUGCAGAAUGAGUGCAAGCAGCUCAUUGCACUGCUAGCUGAUUCCCAAAUAGACCUGCAAGACCGCCUCAACUGUAGUGUUUUCACUAUUGAUCAAGCUAGUGAACUGGUAACCACCAUCUUCACAGAGUCAACAGCGGGUCUGAACGUAAAGUCCAAACAGUGGCAGGCACUGGACAGUAAACGACAGCAAGCUCAAGCAACAGUGAUGGAGACCAACACAGAAUGGCAGCAGCUGCAUCUGCGCGUCCACAUGUUCACAGCCUGCGCAGUGAUUAACCUGCAGGUGCUUCCUGACAAGCUCAAUCCACUGGUCAGGCCUCUGAUGGAGGCCAUCAAGAGGGAGGAGAAUACCCUGAUCCAGGGAUAUGCUGCUUCUUUUAUAGCCAAACUGCUACAGCAGUGUGCAGGACGCUUGCCGUGCCCCAACCCCAAGAUUAUCAAAAACCUCUGUGCCUCAGCCUGCGUGGACUCCGCAGUCACACCCUCAUCUGCUUGCCCUGUACCCCCCACACAGGAAAAUGCCAAAGGCGGUGGGUUGGAGAAAGAUGCCAUGCAUCACAUGGUCAACAAAACCAGAGGCAUCAUCACCCUUUACCGUCAUCAGAGGGCAGCAUUUGCCAUCACCAGUAAGAGGGGGCCAGCCCCUAAAGCCCCAAAGACCCCCACCACAGAGCUUCCUCCUGGCAGCACCAUCAGCACUGAUAAUGAUGAGAGCAAGAAGCCAUUUCUUAUUCAGAGACGUGGAGCAGAGUUCUCCCUAACAACUGUUGCCAGGCACUUUGGCACAGACCUCACCAAGUCUCUGCCAUACCUGUGGGAGAACACCGUGGGACCACUGAGAACAGUGGUGACUGAAAAUCAACGCAUUGAUAGGCAGGUCCAGCUGGAGAGGGGAGACACUGCAGCUCAGGAACUGGUCAACUCUCUACAAGUGCUGGAGGUCAUGGCUGGGGCGAUGGCUGCUGAACUCAAACCUUUGUUACUGGAGCACAUUCCCCAUCUGUUCACCUGCCUGCAGCACCCAUACACAGCAGUGCGCCACAUGGCUGCACGCUGCGUUGGUGUGCUCAGUAAGAUAGCCAUGCUGGAAACCAUGAACAGUUUCCUUGAGUGUGUACUCCCCUGGUUAGCUGCUAUUGAAGACUGCACCAAACAGGAGGGCGCCAUCGAGGCUUUGGCCUGUGUCAUGGAGCAGCUGGAUGUGGACAUUGUGCCCUACAUUGUGCUGCUCGUAGUACCCGUGCUGGGCCGAAUGAGUGACCCCAGCGAUAGCAUCCGUUUCAUGGCCACACAGUGCUUUGCUACACUUAUCCGCCUGUUGCCCCUAGAGGCAGGUAUACCAGACCCUCCAGCCAUGUCAGCUGACUUGAUCCGCCAGAAGGCCAGAGAACGGCACUUCCUGGAGCAACUACUAGAUGGCAGAAAACUGGAGAACUACAAGAUCCCUGUGCCCAUUAAGGCAGAGCUCAGGAAGUACCAGCAGGAUGGAGUGAACUGGCUGUCCUUCCUGAACAAAUACAAGCUGCAUGGGAUCCUGUGUGAUGACAUGGGCCUCGGCAAGACGCUGCAGUCCAUCUGCAUUCUGGCAGGAGAUCACUACCUCAGAGCACAGGAGUAUGCCAAGACUAAGGCCGCCGACUGCAGCCCCAUGCCUUCUCUGGUGGUUUGUCCCCCCACACUGACUGGCCACUGGGUGGACGAAGUGGGCAAGUUCUGCACCAAAGAGUUCCUCCACCCACUGCACUACACUGGGCCUCCUACAGAACGAAUGCGGUUGCAACACCAAGUGAAAAAACACAAUCUCAUAGUAGCCUCUUACGAUGUUGUACGGAAUGACAUCGACUUUUUUAGAAAUAUAAAAUUUAACUACUGUAUCCUUGAUGAGGGUCAUGUCAUCAAAAACGGGAAAACCAAACUUUCCAAAGCAAUUAAGCAGUUGGCUGCCAACUUCCGGAUCAUCUUGUCAGGAACGCCCAUUCAAAACAAUGUGCUGGAGCUCUGGUCACUGUUUGACUUCCUCAUGCCAGGCUUCCUUGGAACGGAACGCCAGUUUGCUGCUCGCUAUGGUAAACCGAUCCUGGCCAGCCGUGACGCCAAAAGUUCCUCACGGGAACAGGAAGCAGGUGUCCUGGCGAUGGAGGCCCUACAUCGACAGGUGCUACCGUUCCUUCUGAGGAGGAUGAAGGAGGAUGUCCUGCAGGACCUUCCUCCUAAAAUAAUUCAGGACUAUUACUGCAACCUGAGUCCUCUACAGGUUCAGCUAUAUGAAGACUUUGCUAAGUCUAGAGCCAAGGCCAGUGUGGAGGACAGCAUCUCUACAGCCUCUACGGAAGAGGAGGAAAAACCGAAACUGAAGGCCACAGGACAUGUCUUCCAGGCGCUCCAGUACCUGCGGAAACUGUGUAACCACCCGAGCUUGGUCUUGACUCCACAGCAUCCAGAGUACAAACGCAUCACUGAGCAGCUGACGAGUCAAAACACGACGCUGCGGGACAUUCAGCACGCGCCCAAACUUUCCGCUCUCAAACAGUUGCUGUUGGACUGUGGUCUUGGUGGCAGUGGCGGUUCAGAGGGGGGCACAGAGGCAGUGGUGGCCCAGCAUCGUGUGCUCAUUUUCUGUCAGCUAAAGAGCAUGCUAGAUAUUGUGGAGCACGACCUGCUGAAACCCAAACUGCCCUCAGUCACCUACCUGAGGCUGGACGGCAGCGUGCAGGCAGGCCUGCGCCACUCCAUCGUCUCCAGGUUUAACAAUGACCCCUCCAUUGACGUGCUGCUGCUGACCACACAUGUUGGUGGUCUGGGUCUGAACCUGACAGGUGCAGACACCGUGGUGUUUGUGGAACAUGACUGGAACCCCAUGAGGGACCUGCAGGCUAUGGAUCGUGCCCAUAGGAUAGGACAGAAACGGGUCGUGAACGUGUACAGGUUGAUCACGCGAGGCACGCUGGAGGAGAAGAUCAUGGGUCUGCAGAAAUUCAAGAUGAGCAUCGCCAACACGGUCAUCAGCCAAGACAACGCCAGCAUGCAGAGCAUGGAAACAGGCCAGCUCCUCAACCUCUUCACUCUGGACAAGGGUGAGAAGGGUGAGAAGGGUGAGCAUUCGCCGUCGACCUCAGGGAAGUCCUCCAUUAAGUCUGUGCUGGACGGCCUGGGAGAGCUAUGGGACCAGCAGCAGUACGACACCGAGUACAACCUGGACACCUUCAUGCACUCCCUGCAGUAGCACUGUAUACAGCCCCCACACAGCUUCCAUCUGCUGGCCAAGCAGGACCUGGUCAGAGCCUGACGAGACCCCCCCCCCCCAAACCUUACACACAAUAAUAACAACAAGGAGUCACUGAACGCUAACAGUUAGUCCCAAAGCAAUAACAAAAUAAAACACAGCCAAAACGAGAACUAAAUCUAUCUUUAGUGCUUUCAAAUCAAUAGGUAUCAUACGCUAAAACAUUUUCUUCUGAUAUUUCUUAACAUCCCAUAAUUCCUUGUUGAGAAACAACAAACCCUUUACAAACCUGCUAAGAGAGUAUAAUGGUAUGAUGUACCAUCUGCGACAGACAUCUCCAGUGUUAAUUGACAUCAUCUGUAUUGGUAAACAGCAGCGCCCCCACUGUGUACACUGAUGUUGCUGUAGUCUCUGAAGCGUACAGCGUAUCAUAAUUACAGUUAUCCUUUAUAGUUCCAGCACCAGGUGCUACUUUUACAGCCCACUGCCCUCCUUCCCACAUUGCAUUGCCCGAGUAUACAGUGUUAACUGCUUCAGACACCAUUACUCAGUUGCACCUCCCUUCCUCCCUCAUCACAAGGUCUUAAAAGCACUGCGAUACCCAGCCACUUGUCAACGCCUCUCUGACUGAUGGAUACAAACAUGUUUUUGUACAACAAAGGGAAACUGGGCGAGAGUGACGAGCUCGCUGGAGAAACCACAGGAUGUCAACACGGUGUACUGGCUUUUUAUAGCACACCGGUCACUGCUGAGCUCCGGAGACAAGAUGACUCCCAACCUCCAGAUGGCGGUAGUGUCUACUCGCCCCAGGAGAGUCUGGUCACAUGACAUGAGGACAUCAAGGCUUUGUGGAGGAAUGACAGAACCUGGGUUGUCGUGUGCCAGCUCCUCCACAUGUGGUUUAAAAGAGCUGGGAAAGCACUGCACUUGAAGCAGCGUUACAGAGACUGAACAUGGGGCCAAUGUGAAACUGGUACCUGAAACUUGCCACAAGUAUUUUAAAAAAAAUAAUAGACUUGUACAUAUUUCUGCAAUUGCUGCUUUUUGUUUAUGAUGGUGGAAUUGUAAUAAAUUCUACAAACCUUUGAACUACA